AGGUUUUUCGACGCUGAUGAUGACAUUAAUCUAAGUGAGUUUACACCGAGUGUUUUUGAGCGUUUUCUGGUGUUCAAGAGUGCUUCUGUGAAGACGGCUACGCUGAGCGGGUACCGAAGUGCUAUCAAGGAUCUUUAUCGCGUGAAGCGCGUGGCGCUGCCUCCUGAGUACCGUGAUGAUAUGAAGCAACUGUUCUCCGGUAUGAAGCGGAUGGAGGCUGAUCAAGACCAGACUAGCACCCCAAAAAAUACACCAGGAAAGCAGCCACUCACGUACUCCCUUUAUAAGGAGUUGUGCAAUUCGACUCUCGUGGCGGGUGAUGGCGGGUUUUCGCAUCUUUUUUUGACUUCGCAGUGGAAUUUGAUGUGUCGCUCAAUGUCGGUCCAGACUCUCCAAUGUCAGCAUCUCGUGGCGAAAGACGAUAGCGUUGGAGUAAUAUUUGUGAAGACG